AUGAAAGCGAGCGAGAACCCUCCGACUGCUCCCGCGACUAAAGGAGCUAGUAACGGAAUAACUCCCAGCGCCAAUGCCAACGGUGAUGUUCCGACCGCACCGCCCACAACCCCUUCCACCGCCACUGCCAAUAGUGGCAGCAACAGCAACAAUUCCCACAACAAUGUCAACUGUAAUAUUGACGGCAAUGCCGUCGUGCCUUCGAACAAUUCUAUCGCGGGAAAUAGUGGGAUAAAGGCGAAGCCGGCAACAUUGUCGGUGAACACUUCUGCAGCGAAUGGGGACGGUGCAAUGGCGCCGGCGCCGGCGAAUGGGACUAAGGGACGGCGCGAUAGGCCUUGUGAUGCCUGUAGGAGACGGAAGAGCCGGUGCGUCAUGAACGAGGGUGCCGAGAUUUGCGUGCUUUGCCAGUUCCACAGCCAGGAGUGUACAUUCGUGCAAAGUCCGCAGCCCCGGAAACGGAGACUUGCUUCGUCUAAUAUGAGCUCGGAGGAUCAGGUUGUUACAAAGAAACGGUAUGCAGCUUUUAAUUCAUUCAUCUCUUGAUUCCCUAUUUUUCACUUCUCUUUCCAUCCUAUACAACAUUCUACUGGAACACCUUAACCUUAUUACCAUCUAUCGCGCGCUCCAUAUGCCUCGGCUAGUGCGGCACCCCACAUUCUUGCUCCAAUUGUUCCCGUCGUUUUUUUCCCCUCGGGGAGAGUAAUGAUAUAUUAUAUUCGCAUUCCUUCUUCUUUUUUACCUUGGCGAUUGAUUAUCUGUGAAGCUUACCGUUGGAACCUCCUCCCUUAAAGCAGGUCUACUGAACCAGAAUCCCCCCAAGAAGUCGCUAUCCGUGGAAACAUACCAGUCGAUGAUUACGCAAACCUACGGGGGCCCUCCCUUCUUAAGACAACGCUGGGGCUGCAAGGCCACCGCCACUCCCAAUUAAUAGGUCCAACGAGCGAGUACGAGCCAUGUCUGAUAGACCUUUGCCCCUUUGACCAGAGGGACGAAUACAUGUUGUCCUCCGCCGGCGGGUCUUUUAGAAGAGCGUCUGACGAGAUUACCUUCCUAAUGUUUCCUGACCACCCAACACAGAAUCACGGCGAGAUCUUCGACGACCUGGAUGCGAUAGAGAGAAUCGUGGCCCCGCACGGCCAAUCGCUGAUAAACCUCUACUUCAGAAUCGUACACCCGUCCUUCCCGAUCCUGCACAAAAAAGUUUUUCUGGAAAAGUACUCGCGAACGCAUCGCGAGUUCUCACCACCGCUACUGGCGGCCGUAUACAUCCUCGCGCUGCACUGGUGGUCAUACGAUAGGGACUUGUCCCCGCAGAAAAAACCGGAUGUGGCAGCGCUGGAGAAAUUGGCGAGCAAGACCAUCGCGGACGUGAUGCACCGGCCGAAGCUGGCCGCCGUGCAGGCUGGUCUCUUGUUAUUGCAGCGGCACUCGGAUUUGAAGGGUGGGUCAUGGGCGCUGACAUGUCAGCUUGUUGCUGUGGGGCAGGAGCUGGGACUUCACUUGAACUGUGAGGGGUGGAAGAUUCCGCCUUGGGAACGGGGGCUCAGGAAGCGGUUGGCAUGGGGAUUAUUCAUGCAGGAUAAGUGGGGGGCGUUGACACAUGGUCGGCCUUCGCACAUAACUCGAUCGAAUUGGGCAGUGUCGGCGGUAACCGCCGAGGAUUUCCCAGAGAACGCGGCCGACGAAGAUGAUGAGGAGGGGAGCUCGGAGGUGGAGAAGGGAAGGAUGCUGUUCGAGCAGAUGAUCAACCUGAGCGGCAUCAUGGCGGACGUCUUGGAGACCUUUUUCACACUUGAGGCUCAGCAGAACCUUGCGGGGAGGGGGGGAAUUAAUCGCGUGCUCGAAAAAGCGAAACCUAUACAGAUCAGGCUCAAGGAAUGGUUCUCAAAGUUGCCGGAAUGCCUGAGAAUGGAUGCUACCAAGGUUAGAAAGCUAUCUUCCAACGGUUAGACCCCCAUCACGUCUGUUCGUUUGUUCCUCCACCCCCCCUGAGAAAAAAGAGAAAACGGAUGGAAAAUAAAAUAUAAAAAACAAAAAUAUCCUAACAGGCAAUAACCAGGUUACCUGCACCUUGCAUAUUUUGCAACGGAAAUAACCCUGCACAGGCAAAUUUUGCGCUCAUUGAGCCCCCCAACCAACACCGAAUCCUACAUCCACCACAUUUGCCGAUCCGCCGCCAAAACACGAUUAAUAUCGGCAAUGGACUUUGUGAACCGUUUGAAACCCGAACACCUGCAAUCAUUCUGGUAUUUUGCCUCGAAAGUGAAUUUCGCCCUUAUUGGCACAUUCGGGUCCCUUCUUUGGGCGACAAGCCCAAACACACAGGAGGCGGAAUUCUACAAAGCAAGGCUAAGCGAAUACCGCUGGACCCUCCGCGUUUCCUCCCGCGGGGCAGAAUUCAUGGAGUACGCCGUGGGCGUGUUAGACGCUUCAGCCGGAUAUCUGCAGCAGGAACAGUUCCGCAAACGUGGGUUGGGUAACGCCGCGCCGGGGUACACCUCGACCGUAGGAGCGGGUGAGAACUUCGGUUUGGGAAUGGGCGUAGGCAUAAACCCACCUUCAUCAUCGUCGGUACCACCACCACCACCGCCGCCGCCGCCACCGCUUCAGCUACCGCAUCAUGAACCAACUCUCCCCCCGCAAUGGCGCGGGCCACACAAUGAGCACGGCGGCCCCCUAUCUCCCAUAACGGGCUAUGACGACAGUGAAGUCGAUGACGACGGUGAAAUGACAGAUGGGUCGAGUACAUCUUCACGGAGAAGGUUGAACAGCAGCUCCGCUUCUCCAAGUAUGAAGGCCUACCAGGGUUUCCCGUUCGUGGAUUCAGGCCCCAACGAUCCCCUCGCGACCAAUGCAUCUACGCCUACGUCCACCACUAGCUCUGCGUUCGACUUCUUCAUGAUUCCGAACGGGAUGCCGGGGGGGCGGGUGCAGGGUGCAGAUUCUGCCGGUGCUACAAGGGGAGAGCUGGAUUUUCUGGCGGGGGCCGCUGGAUGGAGGAGUAGGCGGGAGGGGGACGAU